UUUACUUCUGAUUGGUCCACAGCUUGAGUGGGCGUGACCAAUGGGGGUCAUGUCUUGCAGGAAAAUCAAGUUGGUUUUGGGCGCCUCUCUCCACCUGUCACCACCGCUACAUCGUUAUAUCUCCGAAGUACCUGCUUUUCCUGUAAAGCAACACAUGAUGGCCGCCCUGUGUCGCUCCGCGGGCUUUGGCGCCUGUCGUCUACACACAAGCUGUCGUGCUUCUGCCAAGCAACAUUACAAAAUGCUGGUGCUCGGAGGAGGAAGUGGGGGCAUAGCAAUGAGCGCACGCAUGAAGAUGAUGCUGGGUGCUGAUAAAGUGGCUGUUGUGGAGCCCAGUGAGAUGCACUACUAUCAGCCUCUUUGGACUCUAGCGGGUGCUGGUGCUAAAACCCUUGCUUCAUCCGGAAGGCCCACAUCAAGUGUUAUGCCCUCUGGCGUGAAGUGGGUGAAGUCUAAAGUUCAGGAAAUAAACCCGGACACAAACACUGUCCGCACUGAUGACGGCACCGAAAUCUCCUAUGAGUAUCUGAUUGUGGCACUUGGCUUGCAGCUCCAUUUUGAAAAGAUUAAAGGGCUUCCUGAAGGUUUUGACCAUCCAAAGAUUGGCUCCAACUAUUCUGUUGAAACGGUGGAGAAAACCUGGGCAGCGCUGCAGAACUUUAAAGAGGGCAACGCUGUGUUUUCAUUCCCAGACACUCCAGUGAAAUGUCCCGGAGCUCCACAGAAGAUCAUGUACCUCUCAGAUGCUUUCCUUCGAAAGACAGGAAAGAGGGCGAGGGCCAAUAUUAUUUACAACACAUCCCUGCCAGUGCUGUUUGUAGUCAAGAAAUAUGCUGACGCACUCUGGGACAUCGUCAAGGAACGUGACAUAAAAGUGAACCUGAGGCAGAACCUGAUUGAAGUCAGGGCAGACAAGCAAGAAGCCGUGUUUGAAAAUCUUGACAAACCGGGCGAGACGACUGUGUUGCAGUACGAUAUGCUCCAUGUCACUCCACCCAUGGGACCCAACUCCGUAGUUAAAGGCAGCCCACUGGCAGACGAGGCUGGCUGGCUGGAUGUGGACAAAGAAAACCUUCAACAUAAGAAGUACCCUAAUGUGUUUGGGAUUGGAGACUGCACCAAUUUGCCCACUCCCAAAACGGCUGCUGCUGUUGCUGCACAGUCUGCUGUUCUACACAGAAGCAUUGAAAAGAUAUUGAAAAAUGAGAAACCUGAUAAAAAGUAUGUUGGCUACACUUCCUGUCCGCUGCUUACCAGCUACAACACCGUCGUCCUGGCAGAGUUUGACUACAACCUUCAGCCACUGGAGACAUUCCCCAUUAACCAAGCCAAGGAAAGGAGACUCAUGUACUACAUGAAAGCUGAUGUGAUGCCUCACCUCUACUGGCUUGGGCUCCUCAAGGGCUUAUGGGGCGGACCAGAACCCUACAGGAAACUUCUGCAUCUUGGAAUGAAAUAAAUAAAAAGGCAUUUCCCUUCAGAGACUGAGAAUUUAUGUAAGAUGUUGCUUUAAUAUUACUGGAUAGAACAUUAUAUCGUUGAAUCAUAUCUACAAAUCGGCAACUCAAAGUAAACUGGCAAGUGCGUGGCUCAUUAGUAUCUCUCAAAUACAGGUGUCCUCAAAAUGUUUCAUAGCACAUUAUUCAUUAUUAAUUUGUCAAACAUAGGUACUUCUUGUGUAUCUUCUAUGAAAUUGUUGCUAUGCACAGUAUGUGUAAGAGCCAUAUACACUUUGUGUCAUGUUCAUGACGUCACUAAUGGGUUGGCUCAAGGCCAAGUUCAAGUUUACUUGGGGAGGGUCUUGGAUCUCGCUCAGGUGUUGUUGAGUGGAGGCGCAACAGGUUUUUUUUUACUGUGCCGGGUUAUUAUUUGUUUGCUGCCGUUUAUUUUCCGUUUUAUUACAAAGUUAGUUUUAUUUACGUGACUGUCUGACGGAUGUUAAUAAACAUUUUUGUUAAACAUG